AUGAUGUCGUUGGAGCAAACCACUACUCCGACUCUCACAGUAAUUAUUGGCGAAGCGUCAAAAGAAGGCGGUUCAACGGUAACUAUUGCACCAACAACCAGACAAGAGCAACCAGUCGACGGAGGACAACCUUCUUAUGCCACUAUGUCAACGCAAAACACUCUGAUACAAGCACCCCAGCUAGCAGUGAGACCAAGCAGUACGACGCCACCAAUGGUGGAAGACACUAAUGCCACACCGAUUUUCUUCCAACAGCUACCACCAAAUCAGGUGUCAGGCAUACAACUGGUGGUUUUCCAAACACCACCACCGCCGAAUCAGAUGGCAGGCGCACAACCGGUGGUUUUCCAAACACCACCACCCGCCAAAUCAGAUGGCAGGCGCACAACCGGUAGUUUUCCAGACACCAUCGACAAACCAGAUGGUAGGGGUACAAGCGAUGUUCUCCCAAACACCACCGAUAACCCAAAUGGUGGGAGAAACACCAGUGGCUAUCCAAAUGCCACUGCUGGACCAUACAGUGAGAAACUAAAUAGUGGCCUUCCCAACACCCCAAUUCACAAUAAACAUUCCUCUCCCCUCCGCAAUCUCACAUUAUCAACAUGUGCCCAAUAA